CAGACACAGAAGGGGCAGAUGGAACAUGUGACCCCCGUGAGUUCAUUUCGUCAAGUUGGGGUGUUAGAUCUGCAAGAUCUGCUUACCUCUGUAAUUUUUUUGCAAUCACCCUAUAGAUGUUACUCUAUGGGUAACAGACCUGCUAUGCAACAAUGACGAAGUUCAGUAUUUCAUUUAUCCUCUCCCGUCCUCUUUGGUAAUAAAACAUCUUAUGUAAUUGUUCCCUGUCUUAUGGGUUACCUGGAUUUGUUACAUCUUAACACCAAGUCAUGGCCGGAGCUGCAUUCGAUGAUAAUUAACCUUCACGCCUCCCUUUUCUUGGUAAUGAAGGAAUAGAUGGUUAAACCCUCAUUAAGGUUGACCCUUGCCAUUCAUAACUUAAUUAAAAGCUGUCUGACAAGGCUCUCCGGAUUCAGAGCACUUACAGCCAAGAAGCAAUAUCGAGAAAUGAAGGGAACUCCGAUGCAUGGCAAAAUUAGGGAUUAUGACGAAAUAACAUCAUUCAUUGGAACGUGGGGACCUUUCCAGUGUCUGAUUUUAUUUUCACUGGUGGCCAGUAUUUUGCCGAAUGGGUUCAUCUGCAUGUACAUUGUGUUUGUAGGUGACAGCCCGCAUCACGAGUGUCUGAUUCCCGAAACCUACAACAUCAGCGAGGCUUGGCGACGCGCGAUCGUUCCCGUGGUGAUGCAGGAUGGCGAGCGACGGCGUAGCUCCUGUACCAUCUACAGCCUCGCGGCCGUCAGCAACUUCUCCCGACUUGGCUACGUUCCAGAUGUGGACGUCGACGUUAGCGAGAUAGAGCAGGAGAGCUGCAGGAACGGCUGGAAAUACAGCAAUGAGACUUACCAGUCGACCAUCGUCACUGAAUGGGACCUGGUGUGUGACGAUGAGUUCAAAAGGCCCUUGACGACUUCAAUCUACUUCCUGGGUGUGAUGGUGGGGACAUUCAUCUCCGGCCAUCUAUCUGACAGGUAUGGUCGGAGACCACUGCUCUUCGCAGUAAUGAUCAUGCAGAUGGUCACCAUCUCCAUCCAGAUCUUCUCGCCUAGCUGGGAGGCCUUCAGCGCCAUCUUCUUCUUCGUCGGCCUUGGUGGAUUCUCCAACUAUUUGAUAGCCUACGUGUUGGGCUCUGAGAUCCUGAGUCCACAGACCCGGGUGGUCUUCUGCUCCCUGGGGGUCUUCCUGAGCUCCAGUCUGGGCUACAUGGCGAUGCCCCUGGCAGGGUACUUCAUCCGCAGCUGGAGACUGCUGCUGGUGGCCAUGGCUGCUUCCGGAAUUCUCUAUAUCCCCCUGUGGUGGAUCGUUCCAGAGUCUCCUCGCUGGCUACUCUCCCAAGGACGGGUACGAGAGGCUGAGGCAAUCCUGCGAGACGCUGCCAGGAGGAACGGGGUUAUGGCACCGCCGGUCAUCUUCACCCAGACGGAGCUGGAGUACAUGGUCUCUGUGAGAAACAGGAGACACAGCAUCCUGGAUAUCGCGAAGAGCAGUCAUGCUGUCUCCAUCACAGUCCUGUGCUCUUUGCUGUGGACGGUCAUCAUUCUGGGAUACCAAGCCCUCGUCCUAAACACCUCCAACCUCCACGGGAACCCAUACCUCAACUGCUUCCUGUCAGGGAUCGUCGAGGUUCCUGCUAACUUAGUUGCUAUGAUCAUGCUGAAAUACUACUCCAGACACUUCUGCCAGUCUUCUACCUUACUCCUAGGGGGCACCAUAAUCCUCCUGAUUCGCUUCAGCCCUGCAGGAGUGAUGAUCUUCCUGGAGAUGCUGGGGAAGUUCUGCAUCACCGCGGCGGUUUGUGUCUCUUACACGUUCACCGCCGAGCUGCUACCCACCGUGCUGAGGAACACGGUGAUGGGGAUCUGCUCCACUUCGGCCCGCGUCGGAAGCAUCCUGUCACCCUUCAUCAUACACCUCGGAAACCAUUACAAGCCCCUGCCCUACAUCCUGAUUGGGGGGGUCACUCUGCUGGCUGGCCUGCUCUGCCUCCUGCUUCCUGAGAGCUUUGGCAAGCCCCUCCCAGAGACGACAGAGCAGAUGCAGGGUCUCAGAGGGUUAGGAAAAAAGAAGUUACAAAUAUCUGUAGCCACGGAAGGCCGAAGCCUUGUCCUGAAAGAAGCAAAGUUCUAAUGCAGCAAUAGUUGGUGUUAGCAGAGUACAGUAAUACGGGUCAUAACUGUAUAUUCGUUUUCCUUAGAAAGUUUGUUUUUCUAAUGUAAAUGUAUCACCUCUGGUCUUUUGGACCCUUAUUUUUCCAAACAAAUUACUGUAAACAAGUUGUUUCAUCACUUAUGGAAUCUCUAUAGCGGCACAUAUAAACGACCGUUUCUGUCUCUGUAAAAAUGACAUCACGACGGCUUGUUGUCGCUGGCAACAAUUAAUUUAGUUACAUCAAAACAUACUGGGAUGUGUGGUAACGGCAGAGCGCUGGGUGAUAUUUUGUGUUUUCGUGGUGAUUGAUCACCAGCCACACGAUCAGGGUUUUCAUUCAGUGAAACCCAGGUGGCUCUGAUUAGAAUGAUAGACUUUUUAGAGUUUUCAAAUGUGGUUAGCUGGUGGACAUGAAAGACGUGUUAUUGGGGGAGAGGACAUAUUGUGAGCAAUUUCUCUUUGUAGUGUGUGGUCGAAUUUAGGGUUAUUUUAGUUCCCAGCCAUUUUUCAGUUCAAAGGGGUCGUGACCUGCGUUUUGGAAAUAGUCCUUUGUUUGAUUACACUCUGCUGUGAUUCUUCUCUUCUCUGUGUUUUGGACAGAGCUCUCCUCCACCAUUUAGGCUGGAUUUUUGAUAUAUCCCUCCGAAUGUAUGUGAUGUGUUCCAAAUAAAAGUGAUAAAAGCUGA